GUAGUAUAUGCCAUGCCAUUCUAAACUCGCCUGACUUGUGCAAGAUAUGGCCUUACCCGGUUCCCGUAGAUGGACGGCUAAAUAUUCGCUAAGAUCAGAUGCGGAUACUUGGCCUCCGUUCCCAGAUUGUCAGGCGGCGUAGGCACGAUUAACUCAACUUGUUAUAAGGGACUUCCGACGCUCUCGCAUGAUAAUCUCCAAUUCAACUUUACCAACUUUGCUACCGCUUCGAGUUGACAUCCUGUCACAAUGGCAAUCAUCGGGGCCAAGGAACACCAUGUCGACCCUCGUCUGGCCAACAUUGCGAAAGCAGAUACUAAAAAAUGGUAUCAGAAGCCGAACCUAAGAGCACUUUAUCUUAUACUGAUCCCAGCCGCGAUGGGCGUCGAAUGGACAUCCGGGUUUGACUCUUCGAUGAUGAACUCCCUCCAAGCAGUGGAGGCUUGGGUUACAUACUUUGACAAUCCUACAGAGGGUCGGCUUGGUCUUUUAAAUGCCAUGUAUUCCCUUGGAGCUUUGAUGGCAGUGCCUUUUAUCCCCACCAUUUCCCAGUAUCUUGGGCGCCGUUGGUCCAUCCUUGCAGGAUCGCUAGUCUUAUGCAUAGGUGCUGGACUCCAGACGGCGUCCCAGAAUAGCGAUAUGUUUCUCGCAUCUCGCUGGGUGCUUGGAUUUGGUAUCCCCCUGGCCAUCGUUAACGCCUCCGCGCUUAUUGGAGAGCUAGCGUAUGAAAAGGAGAGACCGACUAUGACCUCCCUCUUUACUUCUUCUUGGCACGUGGGGGCUAUUGUCGCGGCUGGUGUCACCUAUGGGACUUUCCAAAUGACUAGUACCUGGUCUUGGAGGUUGCCCUCUAUUCUGCAGCUGGUUCCAAGCUUGUGUCAGAUAUUCUCUCUACCAUUUUGCCCUGAGAGUCCGCGAUAUUUAAUCUCAGUUGAUCGGAGUGACGAAGCAUACGCGAUUCUUCAGAAGUACCACAGUGAAGGGGACAAUGGCGAAGAGUUCGUUCGCCUCGAAUUUGCCCAGAUCCAAAGUACUAUUGCUCAAGAGAGGGAGACAGCUAAGGCAUUCGUGUGGGCUGAUGUUUUCCGCGAUCCACCGAUGAGACGCAGGUUUCUACUUGCUGCAAUAGUAGGAUUCUUUACCCAAUGGAGUGGCAAUGGGCUUCUUAGCUUUUACAGGUUCAAGAUUCUAAAUCUUGUCGGGAUCACGGAUAAUCACACUGUUCAGAAAGUCAUCUUGAGUAACACAUGCUGGGGCUUGAUAAACGCUGUCCCCGUGGCCCUCGUCGCACCACUAUUACGCCGUCGCGUUGGGUUCUUGAUUUGUACGAUUGGUACAGCUGUCGUUUAUAGCGUCUGGACAGUAGCUUCGGCACGGUUUGCUAUCGAAAACACAUCGUCUGCCGCAAUAGCAGUUCUGGUGUUUAUUUUCGCGUACUCUCCCUUCUACAACCUAGGCUGGAAUGCCCUAGCAUAUACCUACUUGGUUGAGAUAUUCCCGUACCAGCAACGAGCCAAGGGCAUCGCGGUCGAGCAAUUGACGGUUAGGUUUGCUGUUUUCUUCAAUACAUACGUGAACCCAGUAGCACUGGAUCGAAUCGGGUGGAAAUAUUACUUGGUUUAUUGUGUGUGGAUCCUAUUUGAAGUCGCAACCGUAUACUUCCUAUUCCCAGAGACAUAUAACAGAACUUUAGAAGAGCUCUCGUUCAUCUUCGAAGGAAAAGAGGUCCAGGAUAAGGUCCAAAACAAUGUCGAUAAGCAACUCGAGGCUGAGCAUGUCGACAAAAAAGCCGCCGAUGGAACGGAAAAAAUAGGGGUUUGACCGUGGAUAAUAGACCUCAGACGUUGGGUUGCAAUAAGAGCUACGAUCCUUGUGUAGCAUGGGACCUUUCAUGGAAUGAUAGGUUCAAUUAUCCCACGUCAUAGCCGUCGAAGCCAUUCCGCCGCAUCCGAUGUCGUGGCCGAAUCCGAGACCUAUCCACCAAUAUCAAGUCAUUGGUAUAACGAAUCGGAUGAGGUCUUACUUUUACAUUUUGGCGGGCACAGAUACAGAUAGGGCGAGAAUACCAUAAAGCCUUAUGAAUAAGCGUUUACUUCGUCGAGUUUAUAUGUACCAGGAUUUGAUGUGCUGUGCCACGCUAUCGUAAC